GGCGCGGGUCAGGUUAGUUUCGAUUUCUGCUUAGCACGUGGAAACCCGUGUGCCCGGUGCCCGUGGUCCCCGUGGAACGAGGACGAUGUGCAAGAGGCAGACGAUUGUCUGGGAAACAUGAAGUUUCGAGUGUCAACGUAGAGCCUAUGAUUUCAAGCUUGUAUGUAUACAUACACGUUUGGCAUUUAUAGAGCGCCUUCAAGUAUAAAUGUCUCAUAAUGUAAAAAAAGAGCUACAUUAGUGAGGCUGAUCGAAAUGGAGCUUCCUAUCGAGACGCGAAAGUCGUCGAAGAUCGGCUUAUUCUUUAUUGCAGCUACAGGCGGGAUUGCGACAGCGAUCAGCGUCGUGUGUUUUCCAUUUCUGAGUCCUGCGUUUCGCAAGAUAUGUUUGCCGUACGUGCCGGCCACGCGUCAACAAAUAAAGAAUGUUAUUCGAGCGUUGAACGGCCGCUCCGGCUCCCUGAUCGAUCUCGGCAGCGGCGACGGACGUAUUGUUCUCGCGGCAGCAAAGCGUGGCUUUAAGGCCCACGGUAUCGAGUUAAAUACCUGGCUGGUAUGGUAUUCGAGGCUUCAGGCGCUGAUCAACGGUCUGUCGAGCGAGACUGCGUUUCUCAAGCAGGAUUUAUGGAAACAUCAUCUAGGAAACUAUGACAACGUCGUUAUAUUUGGUGUAGAUCAAAUGAUGGGAGAUAUCGAAAAGAAGUUCAAUACCGAGUUGCGUAGAGAUUCUCUCGUAAUCGCAUGCAGAUUUCCUCUUCCUAACACGCGUCCCGUUGUGACGAUUGGACAUGGAGUUGACACCGUUUGGGUUUACAAAAUACCUCAGAGAUGAAUUUUGAGGUAACGAGGAUAGAUAU